AUGAUAAUGCAAAGCUCUGGGAAAUGGAAUGGAGAUGCUGAGGACAAAGGUAUCCAGACCUCUGAGGACUACAGGUUCUAUGCCAUUUCGGCAGAGUACCCUGAGUUCAGCAACAAGGAUAAGACCCUGGUGCUGCAGUUCUCAGUGAAGCACGAGCAGAAGCUGGACUGUGGAAGUGGUUAUGUAAAGUUGCUUGGCGGUGAUGUGGACCAGAAGAAAUUCGGUGGCGACACACCUUACAGGUAGCUUUGGACUCAAUUCUCGUACUCUUUCACCCUAUUUAUCUUAUAAUGUAGUUAACUUGGUACUUCUUUAUUG